AUGGGUUUCGUUCAACUAUCGCAGGCUUUGAUAGCCGUUUUGGCUCUACGGCCUGCUAUGAUUGCAGCGCUCCCAGCCCCCGAACCUGUCCCCUCCCCUCCUGGCGUCCCGAGUGCUUCAACUGCCCGCAGCGAGUUGGCUGCACUGACGGUGGCGGCCCAAGGGUCUCAAGAUGGCUACUCUCGAGAUAAAUUCCCUCACUGGAUCACACAAUCUGGGAGUUGCGAUACUCGAGACGUCGUGCUCAAGCGCGAUGGCACAAAUGUGGUGCAGAGUUCGAGUGGUUGUACCACCACUAGUGGUACAUGGGUCUCACCAUAUGACGGUGCGACCUGGACUGCCUCGAGCGAUGUCGAUAUUGACCACCUUGUUCCGCUCUCCAAUGCCUGGAAGUCGGGUGCUUCUGCAUGGACCACUGCAGACCGACAAGCCUUUGCAAAUGACUUGACUCAUCCACAACUUCUCGCUGUGACUGACAAUGUGAACGAGUCGAAGGGAGACAAAGGUCCCGAGGAAUGGAAGCCUCCCCUUACGUCGUAUUACUGCACAUAUGCCGAGAUGUGGGUUAAGGUAAAGACGGUCUACAAUCUGACAAUCACUUCCGAUGAGAAAUCCGCGCUCUCCGAUAUGCUCGAUACUUGCUAG